AUAAAUACACAUCAAUCUCCAUCACCUUAUUUUCACCACCAUCUUUUUUAUUUCUUCUAUAAUGGAUCCUUCAUGCACUACUACUACCACUACUGUUAAUGGCUUUUACAAUUUUCUCGCAAGAGGACUUGAUGAUCUUGAUCAAUCUUUUCUCUCUAAUAAUUUCAUGUCAAUUCAAUUUCUUCAGUCUGUUCUUUCUUCUCUUCAAUCUUUUCACUCCCAACUAACCAAUUUGGUUCAGAGACUUCAUCUUCCAAUUGGUGAAAAAUGGCUUGAUGAGUACAUGGAUGAAAGUUCUAGGCUAUGGGAAGCUUGUCUUGUGCUUAAAUCUGGAGUUUCAGGAAUGGAGAAUUAUUAUUCUUCUGGUGCUAAUUUAGCUUCUUCUCUUGAUGGGUUCCAUCGUUUGAAUCCUCAAGUUUCGCGCCAGGUUAUGAGAGCAAUGAUGGGUUGUCAAAGAGAGAUUCUAGUGUUAGAAGAGGAUAAUAGGAGCUUAAUGGAAACAAGAGUUAGGGCAUUAUCACUACAAUGUGAUAAUGAAAAUGUAACAAUGGAGUCAAAGAUGAAUGGGUACAAUGGAUUUAGAGGAGUCCUUUAUGCAAUGAGAAAUGUUACCUCAUUACUUCUAAUGAUAUUACUUGAAGGGGUAGUCUAUUGUUGGCCAGAAUCAAGUUUUUGCCAAGGAGGAGAAGGGUAUGAAGGUAAUAAUAACACAAUAUUUGGAUCAUCAUAUAUAGAAUCAAUGGGAAGAUUACAAGAAAGAGUGGCAAAUGAAAUGGAGCAAAUGGGUGGGCAAAAUGGAAUAAUGCUUUAUGAAUUUAGACAAGCUAAAAUGGCAAUGGAAGAGCUAAAAGUAGAAAUGGGGACUAAAAUGGAGUAUGAAUCAGAAAUAGGGAUUGAUCAAGACAAAGUUGACAAUUUGAAGGGUUGUUUUGGGUUGUUGAAAUGUGGGGUUGAGACUAUAAUUGGGCAGCUUGAUGAUUUCUUUGAUGAAAUUGUUGAUGGUAGAAAGACACUUUUGGACAUGUGUAGCCAUAGGUAGAUCUAUAAAAGCUUGUUUAAACAAACUGCAAAAAAUUCAGUAGUAGAGCUAAUUAUAUUGUGGAAUUAUUACCACUUUUUAUUCUUUUUGCAAGUUUAUGUAAGUUUCCUUUUCCUUU